CUGAUAGGAAACCAUUCUCUGGUCCUAAGUUGAAAGAGAUGAUCGGUAGCGGUAUUUUUUCAACUGCUGGCGAAGAUGACAUAUCAGAUUCUGGCACCUUGAAAAAUCUCAAUUAUAGAACAAGAGUAAAAGUUUAUCAGCAAGCAAUAAGCAGUAUCAGCCAAAUUUCGUUUAGUGCUGACGAGAUUGUUUCCCCAAGGAAACCCACCUCACUACCAGAGGUGGCAAAGCAACGGGAAUUAAGUGGGAAUCUUGAGAGUGCUGUAGAGGAUAAAAUGAAAAAACAACAAUCUGAUGCAAAGAACAAAGAGCUUAGUGGCCAUGAUAUUUUUGGCCCUCCUCCUGAAAUUCCUGUCAGGCCUUUAGCUGCUCGUAAUUUGGAAUUGAAAGGACAGCUAGAUUUCGGAGACCCUGCACCUGAAAUCAUGCUCACAUCAGUUGAAGUAUCCAAUGUAAGUCGCAAGAUUUCAUAGUUUAAUUUUAGGGGCAU